CAGUUUUGCCACCCGCGUUUCGAAUGUUCUCCAUUCCCCCGUAACCCCGGAUAUAUUGUUGGUCCGGGUGGACCAAUCCUACACUACAGGGUCCUCAACUUGAGAAGCUAAUAUCCCACUCAGUAACGCUCAGAGGCUUCCGUUCUUUAGACUUCACUGAAGCGCCUUUCGACCUUUUCCGACGGCUUUGUUGAUGUGGGUCUCGGAGGCCGCUUUGAACGCUAAUGAAAUCUGACCUAGCCGCUCUUAUCAUUGACUCCUUGUAAGGUCAGUCGCAGUCCUCUCACACCCCAGGCGAUCUCCCUCGCUCCACUUAUCAAUACUUCAACGUUUUAAUGCGGGGGCGAGUCAGCCGCGCUUAUCUCACAAACUCCUAGACUCUUAGGUACUGGGUCAAACAUUAUAUAGUCCAAUUCUGAUAGGAGAGAACACAGCCUCAUGACUCUAGAAGUGCGAGAAGCUAAAAGAGGGACUACGGACAUAGUACUCUGGUUCCGACAUAAUUAUGUGUCAUUAAAGUAAACGAUCACAAGUGUGUGUUAUAUCUGAGCCUUUUCGCUAUUUUCUUUGAACUACAACGAGCUCCUGCAGACAGCAACUCUCAAUAUGGCUCAAACUCAAGAGCGACGACCAUGGCAAGACAUUGCUCAAGAGGAACAGAACAAAAGAGAUGCAGCAAUACCAUCUGAAUGGCGCCUCCAGAACCCCCCUGGUCCUGAAGUGAGGAAUGUCAUGCGUGUGCCGUAUGAAAGCGGGAUCAUGACGGCGGAGGAGUUGGCAUGGACAGAGAAAGAUGCCACCGAGCUGCUACGACUGAUUUCGGAAGGGAAGCUCAAAAGCUACGACUUGACAUUGGCUUUUUGUAAACGUGCAGCUAUUGCACAGCAGGUGCUCAAUUGCAUGACGCACAUCUUCUUCGAUGAUGGCCUUCGGCAAGCGAAAGAGCUGGACGAAAUAUAUGCUCAUACUGGCAAAGUUGUCGGCCCUUGGCACGGAUUGCCAUUCUCGAUCAAGGAUCAUUUUGAUAUCAAAGGCAAAGAUACGUCUUCAGGAUAUGUUGCGUGGGUGGGGACGAUCGCCGAAAAGGAUGCUCCGAUUGUCAAACUCCUGAGAGACGCCGGAGCAGUAUUCUACUGCAAAACCAACAAUCCGCAGACCUUGAUGCAGCUUGAGACCGUAUCAAACCUGUUUGGCCGAACACUCAACCCACACAGCCGCAACCUCAGCCCUGGAGGCUCGAGUGGUGGAGAAGCAGCCCUCGUCGCGUUUCAUGGGUCACCAAUUGGGCUUGCUGCUGAUGGUGGCGGUAGUAUCCGUGCGCCGGCUGCCAACGUUGGACUCCAUGGAAUGAAAGCAACCUCCUGUCGGAUUCCUUUGGCUGGUUCAAACUUCCCUAUGAAGGGCUGUGAGGCUUUCCCGGAGGUUGUUGGCGUCAUCUGCAAGACUACGCGUGACACGGAAUAUUUCAUGCGGAACGUCCUUGACACUCAACCGUGGCGUAACCAACCGGAUAUGGUUCCUUUGCCUUGGAGAGGCGCUCCUACCCCAAAGAAAAUCACAAUAGGUUUCUUUGAGGAUGAUGGAUUUGUCAGGCCACACCCACCAAUCACAGCAGCGCUGAAAGCUAUUGUGAAGAAGUUGCGGGAAAACCCAUUGUUCGAACUUCGAGAAUGGAAACCAUAUCAACAUUCUAGAGGCUACAAUGUCAUUAGAAAGCUAUACUUCCAGGAUGGAGGUGCAGAUAACCUUGAAGCCAUGAAAGCCUCUGGAGAACCAAUCCUGCCACUGGCAGCCCAGUCGAUUAUUGGUCCCCACACCAAAUUAAGGACUAUCUCGGAGAGUUGGGCUCUGAAUGUGGAGCGGGAGGAAUAUCGCACGGAAUAUCUCCAAGACUGGAAUCAACAUCCAGACAUAGAUUUUCUGCUAUGUCCCGUCGGGCCUUGUGCUGCUUCUCGACAUGAUACCGCUCGUUACUGGGGGUAUACUUGCGUGUUCAACUGUUUGGACUAUCCAGCAUACUCAUUUCCAACCGGUUUGAAGUGCUCUCCCGAGUCGCACCCAAAGGAUGAAAUAUAUACUCCGAGGAACGACAUGGAUGCCUACAAUUGGGCUAAUUACGAGCCAAGUGAGUACAUGGGUGCUCCCAUCAAUCUGCAACUAGUCGGAAAGAAGUGGAACUGUGAGAAAGUCAUUAGGGCAGUUGAUCUCAUCCAAGCGUGUUUGGGCGUCGAGUAGCUAUUGUAUACACAAAUAA